GGGAGGCGGGCAAGGUGGGCGCAGCCGUUUACGUUGGGUUAUAUCCGCUGGACCCCGGCUCGGAGCAACGGUGGCCAGUGCUUUCGCCUUCGGCGGUCUAAGGACUGUUCGCUACCUCUCAGUUCCCGUGCGGGCUCCGAAACCUGACCGCGGCAGGGGCCAGCGGCCCCUCCCCUCCCGUCUAAGGAUAAAAGAUGAGCUUCCUCUUCAGCAGCCGCUCUUCUAAAACAUUCAAACCAAAGAAGAAUAUCCCUGAAGGGUCUCAUCAAUAUGAACUCUUAAAACAUGCAGAAGCAACUCUAGGAAGUGGAAAUCUGAGACAAGCUGUUAUGUUGCCAGAGGGAGAGGAUCUCAAUGAAUGGAUUGCUGUUAACACUGUGGAUUUCUUCAACCAGAUUAACAUGUUAUAUGGAACUAUUACAGAAUUCUGCACUGAAGCAAGCUGUCCAGUCAUGUCUGCAGGUCCAAGAUACGAGUAUCAUUGGGCAGAUGGUACUAAUAUUAAAAAGCCAAUCAAAUGUUCUGCACCAAAAUACAUUGACUAUUUGAUGACUUGGGUUCAAGAUCAACUUGAUGAUGAAACUCUUUUUCCUUCUAAGAUUGGUGUCCCAUUUCCCAAAAACUUUAUGUCUGUGGCAAAGACCAUUCUAAAGCGUCUAUUCAGGGUGUAUGCCCAUAUUUAUCACCAGCACUUUGAUUCUGUGAUGCAGCUGCAAGAGGAGGCCCACCUCAACACCUCCUUUAAGCACUUUAUUUUCUUUGUUCAGGAGUUUAAUCUGAUCGAUAGGCGUGAGUUGGCACCUCUUCAGGAAUUAAUUGAAAAGCUUGGAUCAAAAGACAGAUAAAUGUUUCUUCUAGAACACAGUUACUCUCUUGCUUCAUCUUCUGCUAGAGCUAUAUCAUUGCUAUCUAUUAGAGACUAGUGAUACAGACUUUAAAAAAAAACAGGAUAUAAAGACCUGUUGGCUGCAUCUACUGAUAAAAUUGUCCCAAAGGUAGGUUGACCUAAUAUCUUCAGAGUGAGAAAUUCAGGACGCAGCCAAAUCUGAGGCACUCUGUGACCACUCCUGUUACUGUCACUGAGUUACACUUGGUUUUAACAUGUGGAUUCUUUUACUAAAGAAAAUGAUUUAGUCUGUUUCAGGUUACAGCAUAAUGGAUACUAAGAAUUUCCACCAAUAAUUUAUUAGCAAGUUUCCACAACAGAUUUCCUCAAAACUCAGAUCAGUUUUAUUCCGCUUUUAUUUUAUAAAUAGAAGAGGUAUUUUCAAGUUUCCUAAAGAUUUAGAACAUUUGUGUCCCUUUGGAUAACCUUUUAGUUUGAAGUUGUAUACUAGUGUUUUUAUAGAUAAUACAUAUAUGUAUAUUUUUUCAAAAUCCAUGAUUGCAAUUUAAAUUGUUAUAACAUGUAUGGGAGUAACCAAAGUUAUUUCUAAAGUGAUUUUAUUUUUUAAUCUGUUUUUGGGACUUUAUUCACAUAUGAACAUAUCUAAAUGUUUCCUAGCUCCUAGUAUGUAUGUAUCAGAAAUAAUUUUUUGAGAGCAUCUAAAGGUGGUUUUGUAGAUUUUUUUAGAAUGCUUCAUUCAGAUUAAUUUGAACAUGUAACUUUUGGCUGACAAAAGGCAAACUUCCAAAAAAUUAUGACAAAUUUAGGUCUCAAACCACUAUUUUCAUUCACGUUGUCUUUCAGAGGCCUUGAAAAUCUGGCUAGGAGAAUGGAAGAAAAGUACUCAGAUUACUUGAUUGUUUUGUUUUGAGUUUCCUUUUUUAAAUAAUUCUAUAUGUUUUUAUUGUGGCUUGAGACUUAGUGAAGAGUGCUAUAGAAAUGCACCAACUUUAUCCCAAUAAGGAUUAAACUUAAGGAAAACCACAAUAAAAAACCUUGAAAGGUGUACACAUUUUAUAACACAGCCCAAAGUUUGGUGUGUCACCGGUUCUUGCCUGUGUAUAUUUGUGUGUGUGCGUGUGUUUAAAUGAGAAAAAAAAUAGGAGGAAUAAGUGAAAAAAAAAACCUUCAUUCUGUUAAUAACAAAGAAUGGAUUGAGCCCUGAUAGGGGUUUUAUCCUGUUAAUUGUUUUUGUAUCAAAACUUGAAAUUAUUCUGUUUCUAUUCAAGUAAAAAUCUUCCCUGUUAGCGAGGAACAGAUUUGAUUUUCAUUAGGUUUAUAGGAUUUAGUAAAUGCUGUGUAAAUGUAUUGAGGCACAGGUGCACUAAAGACUUGCCAGACUGGCACCACUUUAAGUUUAUCAUCCUGUUUCAGAGUUGUGACUUUUGCAAAGUACUCACCAACCUCUUGAGGGUUUGGCAAAGGUUAGUUUUGAUAGGGUUUUUGUUAUUUUUUUAUUAUUCCACUGGAGUAUAAAGGAAAGAGUUGCUUAGACACGCCAUUUUUGUAACUCAAUUUCAGUAAAGUAGCAAAUAUAUACAUAAUUUUAAAGGAAACAAAACAUUUCAUCUUAUUUAGGCAGAAAUCAUAUCUCGUUUCAGAAAUUAAAGAUUGGGAUAAUCACAUACAAAAUAAAAGAAAAGCCUUCUGUAAGACAUUUGCAAACUACAUUUUAAGUUUAUUCAGAGGUCCCUGUUAGGUGAGCUGUAUGUUUAUGUUGAUCAUUCACAACCAAGAAAGCAGGUUUCUAGGUGCCACUGAGAAUGUUACUUCCUCUCUCAAUGGCUUUAAUUAAGCCUGCAAGGAAUAAAAUUAGAUUUCUCAACCAGGGUUGUACUUUCAUUAUCAUCUCUAAUAUUUCAAAUAUUCUCAAACAAGAGAGUUCUCACUUUUCUCCAUUUAUUUUCAGUGCUAGAAGUCCUCCCUCUCUUCUUGAUUCAGCCUCAAAAUGAACCAAAGAUGGUCACAUUACAAUACUGUAAAGGCAGUUUAUUAAUGACUCAAAUACAAUUGUUGGUAAUUUGAGAAUCAGAAUGUCCUUUUUAAAAAAUAAAAACAUCACCAGGUUCCCGUGCUAAUCUGGCUUAACCAACAGUGCACCUGAACUUCAGUGUUAGUAUUGUUUGUUUACAUCCAAGGCCAGGGAGUUGAGGGCAGGAGAGCUGGAGGAAUGGGGAGAGGGUGGCCCCUUCCUGACUUGACUAGAGGGCCAGCUUUUGAAGAGUUGGAAGAAAUCAGCCUGUCUUUGACUCCUCUUACUUUUGAUUUAUCUCCCUGUGCCCAGGAUCUGCCUGUUUGACAGCUCUCCCUACCCUGACCCCCUCCCAAUCACUAGUCAUCUCUGGGUGUCCGAUCUACUCCUCCUGCCUGGUAACAAUCAUGGGGUGGAGAGUGCUUUGUAAAUUAUGCAGUUAAUCCUUUGGUGCUUUUAUUUCCAGGCCUUUACAAAAACUUUUGGACAAUGAUGUGCAUACUGCAGUUUUUGUAUUGACAGCCAAAUGUAUCCUUUAUUCUCCAGACUGAAUAAAGUGAUUUUAGAGGGCCACACGCUAACCAAGUAUUUCCUUUCAAAAAUUUGUAGAGUCCUAGCUCACCUGGCUGCAAGCUCAAGAUAUGCAAAUGAGUAGUCAUCAGGACUCUGAUAACAACUAAAGGAAAGUUGUCCUAGUAGUGUGAGGCAAGAGGAGGAAUCCUGCUGGUGAUUCUAACUUUUGCAAACAUUGCUGAGGUUUCCUGGUUAUACUGUUGGCCUUUGUCUGAAUAGUGAGGUUAUGCUAGAAGUGGAGCUUCGAUACUUAACAUUAUUACCUCAGAAGCAUAAAAAACCAGGCCCAAAGAAUGUAAGUCCCAGAAAUUUGUUUCCAGGCAGCCCCAGUUAUGGCACUGGUGUUACCUCUGCCUGGUUAGAGGAGCCUGUCUCUUGGCUGUAGCCAAAAAAUACGGCUGGGACACCAAACUGAGCACCUUCCACCAGGAUAUUAUUUCCUCCUGAUACCUGCUCAAUACGUGGAUUUACUAUUGUAGAAUUCUGGCACAAUACUGAGGGAAAAUAGUCCCCCAGUCUUUCUGUGUUUCUGCAUCAUUUUGAUAUUAAAGACUGUAAAAGCCUUUGGGGGGAUAUUAUAUGUGAUAGCAGUUAAUUUUAUUGAAGCAACUGCAUUGAAAUUGACUUGGGUUUUUUCUCUCAUCAGAUUCUAUUCCAAACAAGUAUUCUGUAAAUCCAAAUGGAUUGCCAGUGUGCUAUAGGUUAUAGAACAUUCUAUGUUUGGUCUAUAUAGAAAAAUAGCUUGCAUAAGUUAGUCUUGGUUACCAUCUAAAAUAUUUUUAAAUGUUCUUUACAAAAAAAUUUAUGUUGUAUUUUUAAACCUUUCGGGGCUUUAUCUAUUUUUCUAAGUCAGUUAACUGUACUUUAAAAAGAAGUAUUUUGUAUCUACUUUUGUAACUUCAUCAGAAUAAAAUAUAUUGAAAGAAAGAAAUGACUAAA